AUGUCUCUCUUCACGUCAUGGCUUCCUACUCUUCUAAUAAUUCUUUCUCUUCUUUCUCUCUCAGUUGUCUUUCCACAAAGAAAAUCCACAAAGCAUCCUCCAGGCCCUCCUCAGCUUCCCAUCAUUGGCAACCUCCACCAGCUCAACAACUUGUUUCAUCGCUCUUUUUGGCAACUCUCUGAAAAAUACGGCCCACUCAUGUAUCUAAAGCUAGGUAGCCUACCCUCCCUAGUUAUUUCCUCUGCCAAACUCGCCAGCGACGUGUUGAAAACUCAAGAUCUCGACUUCUGCAAUAGGCCUCUCUUUGUUUCCUACAAGAAACUCUCUUACAAUUUCUUAGACAUUGUUUCCACGCCCUAUGGGGAGUAUUACAGGGACAUGCGGAAAAUCUUCAACAAUGAACUCCUUAGCGUCAAGAGAGUCCUUUCGUUCAGGUUCAUUAGGGAGGAUGAGGUUGCUGGGAUGAUCUCAUCUAUUUCCCGUUCUGCUUCAUCUUCGACACCCGUAAAUCUAACUGAGCUCAUGUUUGCUCUCACGAGCACCAUCAUCAGCAGGGCUGCUUUUGGUAAGAGUUACCGUGAAGGAGAGAAGACCAACUUCCAUGGUUGUUUUGAGGAGGCACAGGCCUUGUUGACAUCUUUCUUCUAUGCCGACUACAUUCCAUGGUUGGGGUGGAUUGACGUGCUCACCGGACAGUGGGCCCGGUUGGAGAAGAGUUUCCAGGACAUGGAUGCGUUCUAUGAGAAACUAAUCGAAGAGCACCUCGACCCCAGAAGAGUAAAACAAGAGCAAGAGGACCUUGUGGAUGUCUUGAUACGAGUACAAAAGGAUCUCCAUCUCACCAGGAAUCACAUCAAGGCGCUGCUUAUGGAUAUUUUUAUCGCUGGAACAGACACAAGUGCUGCAACGGUGGUGUGGGCCAUGACGGAGCUCAUGAAGAAACCAAAAGUGAUGAAGAAAGUACAGGACGAGAUUAGAAGGAUUAUAGGAAACAAAGGUAUGGUAGAAGAAGAUGACUUAUACCAACUUGACUAUUUCAAGUUAGUGGUGAAGGAGACUUUCAGAAUGCACCCUGCAGCACCUACUCUCGUUCCACGGGAAACUACUCGGCAAUGCAAGCUUGAUGGAUAUGACAUCCCCCCGAAAACAUUGGUAUUUGUCAAUGCAUUAGCUAUUGGGCAGGAACUUGAAUCAUGGAAAAAUCCAAGAGAGUUCUUGCCAGAGAGAUUCACAGAUAGCACCAUUGAUUAUAAAGGACAGAACUUCCAAUUCAUACCGUUCGGGGCAGGACGGAGAAUCUGCCCAGGGAUGCAUUUUGGAGCUGUGACCGUGGAGAUUACCCUAGCAAAUCUUCUCUAUUCUUUUAAUUGGGAACUGCCUUCUGGCAUGAACAAGAAGGACAUCGACAUGAGUGAAUUACCUGGCAUAACCGUUCAUAAGAAAUCUCCUCUCCUCCUUGUGCCUAUCAAAUACAUCAACUCAAUGAAUGGGAAAACAAAGGAACAGAGGAUUUCUUCCUCUGAUAUCUAGUCAUCUAUAUCUUACAAUAAUAUGUGGAUUGGUUUGUUUGGUUUUAGAUUUGCGUAAAUCUUUUUUUUUUCUU